AUGUUCAAAAAGGUUUUCAGUAAAAUCCCUAAAAAGUCCUCAAAAGGCUCUGACAAUCGUGACCAAGGUGGAAACUCUAGAAGCCAUGGUGUUGUAGCAUCAAAAAACACUGAUAAUGUUACCCCAUCAGGUAGUAGCAAAACCGGUAAUGUUUCUUCUUCUUCUUCCUCUUCCUUAGGACAAGGACAGUAUCAUAAUAAUCAUGGUAAUAAAUCUUCGUUACCUAUAAACGAGAAUUCCAAUGGAAAUUUCAAUUCCUAUGAAGCAUUGCCUGCGUUUAGAGAUGUUCACAAUUCUGAGAAACCGAGUUUGUUUAUAAAGAAGCUUAGGAUGUGUAGUGUUGUUUUUGACUUCACUGACCCUACUAAACACCUCAAGGAAAAAGAGGUUAAAAGACAGACUUUGGUGGAGCUUGUUGAUUAUGUUUCUUCUGUUAAUGCUAAGUUUACUGAGAAUGUUAUGCAAGAGGUUGUGAAGAUGGUGUCUGUAAAUAUAUUCAGAACACUUAGUCCUCAGCCGCGUGAGAAUAAGCUUAUUGAUGGGGUUGAAUUGGAGGAGGAGGAGCCUUCGAUGGAUCCUUCUUGGCCUCAUUUGCAGAUUGUGUAUGAGCUUUUUCUUAGGUUUGUUGCAUCGCCUGAGCUGGAUGCGAAGUUGGCUAAGAGGUUUAUUGAUCAGUCUUUUAUUCUGAGGCUGCUUGAUUUGUUUGACUCCGAGGAUCCUAGAGAGAGGGAGUAUUUGAAAAUGUCCUUGCAUCGGAUUUACGGCAAGUUAAUGGCGCAUCGUCCUUUCAUUAGGAAAUCGAUUAAUAACACCUUUUUGAAUUUUGUUUUUGAGACGGAGAAGCAUAAUGGGAUUGCCGAGUUCUUGGAAAUUCUAGGGAGUAUCAUUAAUGGUUUUGCGUUGCCUUUGAAAGAAGAGCAUAAAUUGUUUCUGGUUCGGAUAUUGAUUCCGUUGCACAAACCAAAGUGCUUAGCAAUGUAUCAUCAGCAGUUAUCUUAUUGUGUUACUCAGUUUGUGGAGAAAGAUUGCAAGCUUGCUGAUACAAUCAUUAGGGGCUUAUUGAAGUACUGGCCAAUAACAAAUAGCUCAAAAGAAGUUAUGUUCCUAGGUGAGUUGGAAGAAGUCUUGGAAGCAACACAACCCCCGGAAUUCCAGCGAUGUAUGGUGCUGUUGUUUCGCCGUGUUGCUCAUUGUUUGAAUAGCCCCCAUUUUCAGGUGGCAGAAAGAGCUCUGUUCUUGUGGAAUAAUGAUCACAUUGUGAACUUAAUCAAACAAAACUGCAAAGUGAUACUUCCCAUCAUCUUUCCUGCAUUAGAGAAAAAUACUAAAACUCAUUGGAAUCAAGCUGUCCACAGUUUGACUUUAAAUGUUCAGAAGAUUUUUCAGGAUCUCGAUCCUGAUCUGUACAAAGAAUGCUUACAAAAGUUUGAGCAAGACUCGUCAAAGGAAGGUGAAGUGACAGCAGGACGCGAAGCCACGUGGAAACGUUUGGAAGAGGUUGCCGCAAAGAAAGCUGCAGCUAAUGAAGCUGUGCUUAUUAGUAAAACACUCCCCCGCAAAUCUGCCGGUUAG